GUGGCAAAGACUAAAUUAAUUUGUAUUCUCUGUCACUUUUAGAAAGUAACUAUUGAUAUUUCUGAAAUAUAUAACAGCAAACACAAAAAAGUUCUUAUAAUAGCUAUUAAAAGCGUUCCAGUAGAUUCAUAAGGAUAUGUCCGACAUUCUUGAUCUGUCAAAGGUUUAAAGGGUACCGUUGAGAAUAUGGAAGGUCACUUAAAAUUAGGCUUACAGUCUCUUUAAGUCAAUUAAUUUUCAAUUUUUCAGAGAAAACAUGGGGGCUCAUCAGAGUUUGGAAAUCAAUGCAGACAUGGCCAUCAGAGCUAGGAUCACAGAAACAGCUAACUUUGAUUUCAGGAAUGAGACAUUAGACAAAAGUAAAUUAGAACGAACAUUUUCCGAACCUUUAAACAGAAAAGAACUCUGGGUUGAGGAGGAAGUAGUUGGUGAUGAAAUCAGUGCUGGACACAGGAACGAAUCCUUCCUGAAUUGGACAGCAUUCUCAGAGAGACUAGAAGCCAACAAACAUUCAGGUCGAGGCAGUGCUAAGACAUCAUCUAGUUCUCGUGUAUCCUGUACAAGCUGGUCUAGUACGGAGAGUGGGUAUGAUAUAGCCAGGGAUAUCGAGAAAACUGAUUAUAAAGACAAAGGAUCCAUACGAGGGGUAGCUCAUUUUGACUCUGAUAUUCCGGAAUCUAUAUCCAACAUGGAUCCCACCACGUGCUCAUCUUCAGACUUUUGUUCACAAUUUACUUCCGGUUCAAACUUUCAGUCAAGUUCAGGCUUUAGUUCACAUUCAGGGCCUCACUUUCCAGCAAGAAGAUAGGAGUCCGGGUCCUAAAUAUACUAGGAGAUAGGAGUCGUCCUAAAUAUACUUCGAGAUAGGAGUCCUGGUCCAUUAUAUACUUGGAGAUAAGAAUCCGGGUACAAAAUAUACUUGGAUAAAGGAGUCCUGGUCCUAAAUAUACAUGGAGAUAGGAGUCCCUAGUCCUAAAUAUACUUGGAGAUAGAAAUGCUGGUCCUUAAUAUACUUGGAGAUAGGAGUCCGGGUACAAAAUAUACUUGGAUAAAGGAGUCCUGGUCCUAAAUAUGCAUGGAGAUAGGAGUCCCUAGUCCUAAAUAUACUUGGAGAUAGGACUGCUGGUCCUAAAUAUACUUGCAGAUAGGAGUCCUGGUCCUAAAUAUAAUAGGAGAUAGGAGUCCUGGUCCAAAUAAACUUGGAGAUGGGAGUCCUAGUCCUAGAUAUACUUGGAGAUAGAAGUCCUGGUCCUAAAUAUACUAGGAGAUAGAAGUCCUGGUCCUAUAUAUAAUCGAAGAUAGGAGUCCUAGUCCUAGAUAUACUUGGAGAUAGGAGUGCUGGUCCUAAUUAUACUUGGAGAUUGGAGUCCUGGUCCUAAAUAUGCUAGGGAAUAGGAGUCCUGGUUCUAAAUAUACAUGGAGAUAGGAGUCCUGGUCCUAAAUAUACAUGGAGAUAGGACUGCUGGUCCUAAAUAUGCUAGGAGAUAGGAGUCCUGGUCCUAGAUAUACAUGGAGAUAGGAGUCCUGGUCCUAAAUAUGCUAGGAGAUAGGAGCCCUGGUCCUAAAUAUACUUGGAGAUAGGAGUGCUGGUCCUAAAACGGCUCACUAACAUCUUGCCAUAUAACAUUUCGCCAUAUGACAUUUCGCCAUUUAACAACUCGCCAUAAAACAACUCGCCUAAGUAACAUUUUGCCAUAUCACUAGAACUCGCUUAUAUAUAAAUUUUUAAAUUAAAUUUUAUAAGUGUAAAUAAAAUGAUACCGGAAAAUCCACGAAUCAAAAACCAAAAAUCUGCAAAUACAGUAAUUCCAACAAUGUCGGGAGUACUGCACGCAUUUACAACUCAACUACUAAUAAACUACUACUUUCUACUAAAUAAAAUUUAAUAUUUUGUUUUUUGUUGAUAUAUGGCAAAAUGUUACUUAAUUUGGCGAGUUGUUAUAUGGCGAAAUGUUAAUGUUAUAUGGAAAUGUUAUAUGGCGAAAUGUUAAUGUUAUAUGGGGAAAUGUUAAUGUUAUAUGGCACGAAAUGUUCUAUGGUUCAAUGUUUUAUUGCGAUCUAUGUUACUGUCAUGUUCUUAAAUAUUUUUCCACUUUUUAUAGGUUUAAUAAAGUAAUAAAAUGAACAUACCAUUAAAUGUAUGUAAUUAUUUAAGCAUAAAUUUUAAAAGAAUAUCAAUGUGAUUUUGUUAAAAUAUUUUAA